CAGGUUGGAAUCGUAAGCAAUAAGAUCGCUCAAUAAUGGCGUUCGCUGGACUCAAGAAACAGAUCAACAAAGCUAAUCAGUAUGUCACAGAAAAGAUGGGCGGUGCUGAGGGCACAAAAUUGGAUUUGGAUUUUGUGGAAAUGGAAAGAAAAACGGACGUAACAUGUGAACUGGUAGAAGAAUUACAAACGAAGACAAAAGAGUUCCUGCAGCCGAAUCCUGCGGCGCGAGCGAAGAUGUCUGCUGUGAAAGGCAUUAGCAAGCUCAGCGGGCAAGCCAAGAGCAACACGUAUCCACAGCCAGAGGGCGUGCUUGGAGACUGCAUGCUGCUGUAUGGAAAGAAACUCGGCGAGGACUCGAUAUUCUCGCAAUGCCUCGUCGAAAUGGGAGAAGCCCUGAAGCAGAUGGCCGACGUCAAAUACUCAUUGGAUGAUAAUAUUAAACAAAGCUUUUUGGAGCCGCUGCACCAUCUUCAGACCAAAGACUUGAAGGAGGUUAUGCAUCACCGAAAGAAACUACAAGGCCGUAGACUCGAUUUUGACUGCAAACGACGUAGACAAGCAAAAGGCCCCGGUAGGGUCAGCCCUUAUAUGAGUCCAAGCCCAAGUCAUACACCAAGGCAGGGCUCUCACAUUCCAGAUGAUGAGAUCCGACAGGCCGAGGACAAGUUCGCCGAGUCGCUGCAACUGGCCCAGAUCGGGAUGUUCAACCUGUUGGACAAUGAUGUAGAGCAAGUAGCGCAGCUUAGUUUCUUCGCCGAGGGCCUAUUGGAAUACCAUCAACAGUGCACCGAGAUUCUCAAAGGGCUCGUGUCCACGCUUAUGGAGAAGAAAGACGAGGCCGUCAACCGUCCCAAGCUGGAAUUCGUGCCGAAGACACUCGCAGACCUCCACAUCGAGGGCAUCCACGACCUGACCAAUGGUAGGCGGUACGGUUCCACCCAAAGUCUGUCCCGUCCCCGCCACCACCUCCCCCCUUCGUCCUCCGUCGGUGACCUCAGCUGCGACCCGCUUCGGGCUUGGGAAAUGCCGACGCCGCCGAGACAAGCGCAGGCCUUCAGGCCGCAUCCAGCGCCGAGGAAUGUGAACGGACGCGACCCGUGGACAGCUUCGCCGCUGCCGUCGCCGGUUAAGUCGCCUGCGCGGACGCCCGUCGCGCCCGCCAAGGGCCCGUGUUGCACUGCACUGUACGACUUCGACCCGGAGAACCAGGGCGAGCUGGGAUUCAAGGAGAACGACGUGAUCACGCUGAUCAACAAAGUGGACGAGAACUGGUUCGAAGGCAGCCUCAACGGCAAGCAGGGAUACUUUCCCAUAAGCUACGUGCAGGUCACCGUGCCCCUGCCCAACAUGUAAGCACGUAUUCACUCGUCGCCCCAUAUGUAAGCUAGCACUCUUGUUAUGGAGUAUCUGAGAGUGGAAUAACAAAUAGUCAAACAAUUCUGAUUCAAGUGGCACAAAUUGGAACUAAUAACCAAGUCUUGAUACUCUUGAUAGUAGCGCCCUUUGUUGGACAACUAGAAUGCCCUAUUGACAGCUCAUUCGAAGUUUUCAGUAAGCGCUUAUAAGCAAAAUGGCGAUCGCUAAGUGGCGAAAAAACGCAACUUUAUUACCAUCAACCAUAAGAAGAAGUUAGCAAGUGUUCUCGCCAGAAACAGCCGAAUAAUCGCCAUUUUGCUUAUAAUUUCCAUUUUACGCCAGACGCACCCAAUAUCUCACGCACAGAUUAUCCUGGGUAAUAUUAUGUGAUCACACGCAAUACAGGUGAAUUGCAUUGGAUGAUGAAAGAAAAGAUGUUUGUAAUGUAUCACAGACAAUGUUCACCCUGUAUACUUCGAACUACUCCGAAGUUUUUACGCAAGCUUGCUGUCGAACGAUACUUGAUUGACACCUUUAUUUACGCAGAGUUACCUCUGCAAGGCUAGUCCGAAACGCUGUUUACGUAGUUUCGGUUCUAACUGUCAUUGUCGCUCAUGCUGGUAUCUCGCUUUGCGUGAGAAGGAUGGCAACAUUCGAAACUUCGGAUGACGUUUUUUCGGAGAAACGCCGCUAGUAUGCGAGGGGUUAAUGAUUGCAAAAUAUUGGUUGGAAAUGUUGAUGUUAUAUUGAGAUAACUAUCAUAGAGUUUUAUGAAAUGGGUACUAAGUUAAGUAAAGACCUAAAGCAACGGCCAUAUUUAAAUAUACAAAUGGCAGCUCACACACCAUCUAGUCAUGUCACCGACUAAUAUUUACCUAAUAUCAUCUCAGAAUACUUCCUAAAAAGAGUGUUGCGCAGUUGUUAUUAUGUCACGUUACACAGUAUUAUGUAGUAGAACAUAUUAUUUUAUUGAAUCUAGUACUACGUCAGAAGCUCAACAGCGUAAUAUUAUUGAGUAACCUUGUCCAUACGUGAUGGUAUUCUAAAAACGGUCUCAUAUUUGUUAAACUUUUCAUGAUUCUGUUAUACUGUUCUUCUCGUCUUCCUGUUAAUUUUCAAAGAAUACCCUUGCUGUAUCAAACGCGAUGAUACCCAGGUCUCCUAAUGUUAUACACUUUCUUCUUAAAUAGACUAAAAUUGUAAGUACCAAAUCAAUUCCUUAGAUUUUAACGUGCAUAGCUGGUUUAAAUAAUAUUAGUUGUCUGAGUUAGAUAAAUAUUACAUAAAUGAAUCAUUUGAAUGAUUGGGAGAUUGUUCGGGUACAUGUGAGUUUGUUAUUGCGAAUAUUUUUUAUUCAUAAAUGCAUUAGUUUAAUUUGUCUCAUGUUGCAUUUACGGCCAAACUAAGAAUACCUUUACUGUAGUUAAUGAUUUAAUUAUAUUAGUAUGACUUUAGCGUUAUAUUGUAGCGUAUUAUUUUUAUAUUAAUUAAAUUAUUUUAUGACAAAUGAACUUUCAAAUGAGUUAAUCGUUAUCUCUGAAUAUGAAGCCAUAAUAUCGCGAUUAUUAAGACAUUCCGGCAAAGAAAGCUAAAUUAGGUGUAAUAUUGAGUUAACCUCGUACCUGCCAUCGUACAGCCGUGUUCACGGGCAUUACUCCGUAACGUGAUUUCUAUAUUUGCGGCUCUUUCGCUCAUGACGUUAUCUCGGAUGUGCGAGAAAGACGUAUAGACCCAAAAAUGUAGUCGUUAAAGAGUAAUCCCGCAGAGUGCGUGGACUCCCAAUCAGCAAGACGGUUCAAAACCGGCGCUGAGUUUGUUGGAGCCACUGCACAGCUUUCCCGAUUGCCUCGUUAGCUCACAACAAGCGUCGGAGGCUCGUUGCCUCAACUAGGCAGCGUCAAUUCAGAAAAGUGAUAUUUUAAAAUAAAACUUUGUAAAUUAGUUAAAUUAAUAUUACUUAUUGUGAAUCUAUUUUUGUAGAUGCGCUAUCAACUUUGUAAGUAUUUUCCUCCUCCGAAUGAUAUGAGUUUUACAUAUUAUUGUUAUUUCCCAUCACACUCCUAAAGCACAGGACAUGUUAGGAUGUAUUAAUGUAUAACUAGUUAUUAAAAUGAGAAUAGAUUUUAUAGUAAUAUCUUUGCGGGUAUUUAUUUAUCUAAAUGGAGAAUGUAUACAAUGUAACGUAUAAUAUACAUGUAAUAAAGUGACGAAAAGAAAAAUAUGUUGUUAAAUCUUGCCAGAAAUUCAUGGCGUUUCGAUGUUUGAUGUAUUAUUAUUGGCAAACUAUAAUAAUUACAUAUUAUAAUGUCAUUGUGAUAACAUUAGAAUAUCAUACUGUUUUUGCAGUAUCUUACCAUGUAUUUAAAUUAAGUUUACUUUUAUUUUUUUACCCAGUAACUUGUAUAUUUUAAUUUUUAGCAUAAUAUUGUUUUCUUUAGUCAUCAUUCACAGCUAUCUACUUUUAAUACAUUUAAAGCAUAAUUAUUAAUACCAAAAAAUAAAUUAGCAAUUUUACUACAAGGCCUCUAUUCAAUAGCAUUGUUAAAUGUCUUUUAUGCACUUACGAGCUAAGAUCUUAAAUCGUCUUAAAUCACUAUAAUCCUAAAUGGAUCUUGCAGUAAUAUUGAACGUAAAAUAUAAAAUAAUCAUCGCCUCAUUAUAAUAAUUGUCGUAUAAAUAAUCGGACCCCAUUAAUUCACAUUUCUGGCAUACAAAAGACAAUACCUAGAUCUAAUGUUAGUCGUAUGUAAGUUCAUAAAUAAUUGUUCUAUCUUCAAGUGUCUCUUAAUGUAAGUAUUUUGAGUAAAUAAUACAUUCAUCAGUGUAAUGAAAACAUGUUUCGAUGUAUUGAUGUGCGAUGCUGCGACACAUUUGCAUAGUGUUGUGUCGAGGCAUCAUUCUACUAUUCCCUCAACAAUACCUACAAUUUAAUCGGACUUGAACAACCUGUCUUGCACGUGCAGAAGGUAUAGAGACUGUUGUUAUAUUUAAAAUGUUCUAUCGUAUGGUAAAAGUUGGAUGUAACUUUGACAAGUGAAGAGGACCUAUUUUAUAGUCGCCGUUUGGUGUGUUGAAUCAAUGUUGCUUUACAACGUGCGUAAUAUAGUAUGCAGAGCCGAAGGUAGUUGGUGAUGUUUGCUGUUUGGUAAUUAAGUCAAUUUGGCAAUGCAUUGAGAGGUUUUGCUCUAAAAGUCUAGUCUGUACAGCGUAAUUGUUGAACAGUUGUAUGUAUAUUUACUAAUGCAUACCAUCCUUGAAACAGCAAGCAUUAUCUUACUGAAUGGGGCAUGCUUCUUCGUUGUCCCAUGUCGAAUGCCCGCGGCUCCCGAUAAUAUUGCUAUUGGUGCGAACACGUGUGUAAUGGUGUAAUAUUAUUCUUGUUCAUGUUACUGUAAUCUUUAAAUACUGUAAUUUCAUAGAUAAACUUGACGAUUUACGAGAUGUAAUACAAAUAUUAUUGAUUUGUAUUAAAAUUUAUCCCGAAACUUAUUGCUCGUUUUCGCCUCCUAAUAAAAUGUUAACAAUUUAACACUA